GUUUGAUUCCGGCGGCGGGAUGCUGCUAUCAAAAUGCUGACGUCAUGAUUUAUCGAACAUAGCCGGGAAUAAUAAAAUGACUCGGAAGUCCGAAGGGAGACGACAAUUGGGGGGGAUAGCAACGAACGUCGAGUAGUUUUCUUCUUUGCUGUUAUUCUAGCCAACUGCGAUUCACAGCGGAGUCUUUCUCAUGGCGCAAGCCCCUGAGGGAGUGACCGUUGUCCUCGGUGCCCAGUGGGGUGACGAGGGCAAGGGUAAACUCGUGGACAUUUUAGCUCAAGAGGCCGAUGUCUGCGCUCGAUGUGCAGGUGGAAACAAUGCUGGACAUACUAUCGUUGUCAAGAAUGCCAAGGGUGAAAAGACGACCUAUGCGUUCAAUCUUUUGCCAAGUGGAUUGGUGAAUGAGAAAUGUACGGCUUUCAUUGGAUCAGGCGUGGUUGUUCACAUCCCAUCCUUGUUCAAUGAGCUCGACACGCUCGAGCGAAAGGGCCUCAAAUGCGCCGAUAGACUGUUCAUUUCGGACAGAGCGCACCUCGUUCUUGGUUUUCAUCAGAUUGUCGAUGGCCUCAAAGAGAUUGAGCUCGGAGGAUCAUCCAUUGGAACGACUAAGAAGGGUAUCGGUCCGGCUUACUCUUCCAAGGCUUCUCGAUCUGGUCUUCGAGUGCAUCACUUGUACGACCCGAGCUUCCCAGCCAAGUUCCGCAAAUUGGUGGAAGGCAGGUUCAAGCGAUACGGGCAUUUCGAAUUCGACACUGAAGGAGAGAUUGAGAUGUACUUGGCUUUCGCAGACAGAUUGAGGCCGCACAUAGUUGAUGGCGUUCAAUUCAUGCACAAAGCCUUGACCUCUGGCAAACGGGUCUUGGUAGAAGGAGCAAACGCCCUCAUGCUCGAUAUUGACUAUGGAACCUACCCCUAUGUCACCUCAUCCGCCACAUCCAUCGGUGGUGUCUGCACAGGUCUGGGUAUUCCGCCGCAAGCCAUCAAAAAGGUCGUGGGAGUCAUCAAAGCCUACACCACUCGUGUGGGUGGUGGACCGUUCCCUACCGAAGACCUUGGCUCCAUUGGUGAGACGUUGCAAGAGGUCGGCGCGGAAUUCGGAGUCGUCACUGGGAGAAGGAGGCGAUGUGGAUGGUUGGACCUUGUCGUCAUGAAGUACUCGACCAUCGUCAAUGGUUAUACCAGCCUGAAUUUGACAAAACUGGACGUCCUGGAUGGAUUCGAGCAGAUCAAAGUUGCCGUAGGCUACAAGAUUGAUGGAGCGGAAAUUGAGGGCUUCCCAGCCGAUCUCGAACGCCUGGCCCAAGUCGAAGUCGUGUACGAGACUCUUCCAGGAUGGAAGUCGGAUAUCUCAAAGUGCACGACAUUUGAUUCGCUGCCUUCUCAAGCCCAAAGCUAUGUCAGAUUCAUCGAAAAUUAUCUUGGUGUCAAAAUCCAAUACAUUGGAGUCGGACCUAGUAGAGAUAGCUCGAUCCAGCUGUUUUGAGCAUACACAGCGUAGCCAAGCUUUGGUGUUGUGGAUUAUAGAAGGAGACGAGAACAUGCAUCGCAUCGCUAGAG